AUGGAAAAGAAGCAAGUAACAGUUUCCGCCGGCGACAACUUCAACGAAGAAGAAGAAGCUCAGGCGCAAGCGCAAUUGGAGAUAUGGCAGUACGCCUUCGGGUUCACUCCAAUGGCGGUAGUCAAGUGCGCUAUCGAACUCCAAAUCCCCGACGUCUUAGAAGCUCACGGCGGCGCCAUCACACAUUGCGACCUCUCCGCCGCCCUCGGCUGCCCCCCUUCAACUCUCCGCCGGAUUAUGCGCUAUUUGGUUCACCGCCGGAUCUUCAACCACCUCUCUCAAGGCCAAGAUGAAUCAUCCCUAACCUGCUACGCCCAGACUCCCCUUUCCCGCCUUCUUCUCAAAUAUAAUAAUAAUAAUAAUAAUAAUUUCAGCUUGGCUCCGAUGGUGAUGCUGGAGAGCUCGCCGGUGAUGCUGGCGCCGUGGCACCGCCUCAGCCGCCGGGUAAUGGACCCGAAAGCUUCGGCAUUUGCGGCUACACACGGCGGCGAUGUGUGGGCCUACGCGGCGGGGAAUCCGUCCCAUAACAAGCUGGUUGAGGAUGCAAUGUCAUGCCACGCUAGCCUGGCAAUGUCGAGGAUAAUUCAGUGUUGCCCGGAGGCGUUCGAGGGGCUGUCGUCGAUUGUCAAUGUCGGCGGCGGCGACGGCACUGCUCUGAGAGUUCUGGCGGGAACCUUUCCCGCCAUCCACGGCAUCAAUUUGGACCUCCCUCACGUGGUGUCGGAGGCUCCUCCGUCGGAGGGGAUAGAGCACGUCGCCGGCGACAUGUUUGAAAUGGUUCCCAAGGCCGAUGCCGCUUUUAUCAUGUUUGUGCUGCACGAUUGGAACGAUGAAGAGUGCGCGGAGAUAUUGAGCAAGUGUGUGGAGGCGAUUCCGAAGGGGAGAGGGAAGGUGAUAAUGGCGGAGGCAGUGAUCAACGAGGAAGAGGUGGGCGACGACAAGUACGAGGAGGUGCGUCUGGCAAUGGACAUGAUAAUGCUGGCGCACACCGAGACGGGUAAGGAGAGGACACUGAAAGAAUGGGAUCAUGUCAUAAAACAAGCUGGCUUCGCUACCUACACUGUAAAAAACAUUCAAUCGUCUAUCGUCUCUGUCAUUGAGGCAUAUCCAUAG